CCGCUCCGCGGUGUGCAGGGGGCCCGGCCCGGCGCGGGGAGAUGAACGGCUUCAGCACCGAGGAGGACAGCCGCGAAGGGCCCCCCGCCGCCCCCGCCGCCGCCCCGGGCUACGGCCAGAGCUGCUGCCUCAUCGAGGACGGCGAGCGCUGCGUCCGGCCCGCGGGCAACGCCUCCUUCAGCAAGCGGGUCCAGAAGAGCAUCUCGCAGAAGAAACUCAAGCUGGACAUCGACAAGAGCGUGAGGCACCUGUACAUCUGUGACUUCCACAAAAAUUUCAUUCAGAGUGUCCGAAAUAAAAGGAAGAGGAAGACCAGCGAUGAUGGCGGAGACUCUCCAGAGCACGACACUGACAUUCCUGAGGUCGACCUGUUCCAGCUGCAGGUGAAUACUCUACGGCGCUACAAGCGGCACUACAAGCUGCAGACCAGGCCCGGCUUCAAUAAGGCCCAGUUAGCAGAAACUGUCAGUCGACACUUCAGGAACAUACCUGUGAAUGAAAAAGAGACGCUGGCCUACUUCAUCUACAUGGUGAAGAGCAACAGGAGCAGGCUGGACCAGAAGUCGGAGGGCAGCAAGCAGCCUGAGUGAGGGAGGGCGCCGGGAGGAGGAACGCACUGCCUGAGGCUCAGGUGAUCCCUGCUACAUUCAAGACUGUUCAGUUGUAUUGUAAAUAAAAAAGUCUGAAUGUGAAUACUGCAGAUCUCUUUGGUCAGGAUAUUAUAUUCUCAUGAUUCAGCAAGGUAACUACUGGACCGCAAAGAGGAUCAUAAAAAGAACUUAAAGCUAUGUCCUGCAGCAUUCAGCUCUGUUGGAAGCGAGGACUGAGUGGUCCCUUUGGACACAGCCCUGGGGGACAGUGAGGUGCAGACCUGGGUCAGGACGCAGAGGGUCCACCCUGCCGUGGGCUUUUCUGACCUUAGCAGACCUGUCUGACCCUGGUCGCCCUCCAGUGCCCCAGGCCUCACACACCGAGAGCACUCAGCAUUCUCUGGCUGCUGCAGCUGUCAGGACCACGCCAACCCUGCAACAUCUGCCUCACUGCUCGCUCCUGAGACCUCCGCGUCUGUCACUCCCCGCUUAACUGCUGGGCGCAAUGUCCCAGCAAGGAGACUGCAGGUCAAGUGCGGAUUGCAGGGCAGUUACAUGUACGAGGUGGUGUUUGCUGCGGCUCCGGAAACAGUGACAGAGCAACCCUCCCAGAAGGCCAUUCGUGCGCCCCUUUGUGCUAUUCUUCGGGGUGAAGUCCUUCGGGAAGACUUAAGCCAUGCUCCUGGGCAAUCAAGCUUUGACAAGUAGAGAGUUAGUGCUUGGGCUGAUGUUCUCAGAAGUAUUCAUCCUUAGUUCACAACUACCAGGAAACUACCGAGGGCCGUGUGAUUCCCACCUGGAAACCAGCAGUGGGAGACAGUCUGGCCGGCCUGGGCUCCCUGAGCUCUGCUGGUCAGGAAAUGAUGGGUUUGAGCAACAAAGGUCAGUGCCACCUGACGCUCAUCUUUGUGAAAAAUUUGCCUCCCUCUUAGGGAAAAAGGUGACUGAAGUCAUUUUUACAAUAUUCACAAUUACCUGAUUUUUGUUGUUGUUGCUGUUGUUCAGAAAGUCAGAUUCUUCUGUCUAAUUCUGUCUGAGCCAAAGUACCGUGUGCAAACAAAGCUUUAUAUCCAAAAGUAUGCUUUUGUGUUGGGGGCAGAGGGUGGGGAUAGUAGGGUCGCAGAAAAAGAAGAAAAGGAUUUGGAUUCUAAGUUCUGUCUUGACGGAUAUUAUGGUCAAGGGUGUCACUGUCCUACUCAGUUUCAAUUUUGAGUUAUUUCUCAAGCCUUAAAUAAUAAAAAGGAGCAAUGGGCAGCUUGGCCUAGGAGGGAGUUUUAGUGUCUCGCAGAUGCUUCAUCUGAGCAUCAGAACCAAACCCACACUGGGCAGGUGGUGCAGUGUCUGAAGGUCUCGGUUCUGUGAAACAGCACCAUCUUUUGUGGGCUGGGGACAGGGCCACCGCUGUUGCUAAAAUGCAGCAUGUUCCACAGCAGCAGAGCUUUCAUCAGUGUUCAAAAUGCAUGUCUAGCAGACUGCAGCCUUUCUGAAUAUGUAUCAGUGAAUGUGCACGGCGGGGUAUCCCUGGGCUGGCGGGGGUCCGAUUUAGAUACUCUUGGUUGUGACAGGCAUGAAGGGUGCUCCAGCGCUGUGGGUCAGAUUCAGUGUGAAUUCACGCUGUCUCCUGCUUCAGAGCUGGGAUACUGGAGCUGGGGACAGGUGAGGCCUACCUGUUAGGGCACCGUUAACCUACUCUGUAGCAGUGUCCCUGUCUUAAGGAGGAAGAAAGUGUGUCUUUCUGGUAUUCACAGCAAAAUUGCAGGCAUGUAGGUUGUGUCACUGUUUAACAGCCGGUGUGUUUUCCUGGUCAGGAGAGAGCGGUACAUUUGUGUAUGAGAAGAGUGGCAUUUGGAUCCACCCGCUCCGGUGGGUCUGUAAGGUGCUUCUGCUCCAAACAACCCUGGGGAGACGGCUCGCUGUCAGCCGGAUGCUGUGCACACUGAGUCCCUUGCUGUCUUUUCUCUAGAGGGCUGUUUUUGGAAAGGGGAGAUGAUGGGUAUCUUUGCAGCUUUCUCAAAUAGAUCAGGUGAGAAAAAAGACAAAGCUGUUGGAACUGUUUUUCUCAUGUCCAGAAGUCCCACCGCCAUCACACCACUGAACCACUGCCUUAGCCUGUUCCGCAGUUCUGAUGGCUUUGUCCAUGGCAGGAGGUGUCUGUUGCCCGUGGGACAUGGCCAGGCCGCCAGAGCCACAGGGCCUGGCUUCAGGGGGCAGCGAGGUCUGGGAAAAGCAAGGUUCUUCUCGCCAUCUGCAUUUUUAACCCCUUUGACAAGGACUCUCACGCUCCCUUCCACAUGUGACACCGCAGCAUUGCCUUCUGGUGCUCCUGAGCAAAACUGGAAUUUGAAAUCCAGAACUGGCGUUGGCUUCUCCUGAGAUAGUCCAGUUCCUGUCUCCGUUCCAGCCUGGGAUGGCUCAUUCCCGUGCCCUGCAGGAGGCCACGUGGAAUCUCAGUAUCCAUCCAUUCAUGUCAUUCUGUUUCAAGAUUUUAAAAACACAAGCAAACAAGCUUAUUUCACGAAACAAACUCGUAGGUUGGCACUGGCACGUGAAAAUGAUCAUAGCUGAAUCUCACAAAAGAUUAAAAACCAAAGGAUUCAAGACCAGUGUUGUAAAGUGAAGAGAAAUUUCACGUGUGUGUUACAGCUGCCAGGUUGUUAGGUGUUCCUGUCACAGCUAAGCAGUCACUGCUCGCCUCUUGGAAAACACUUGCCAGUGGGGUGCUGUGGCUAACCUUGGCAUUUGGGCUGUUCUUCUGUAGGGACUUCUUGUUGCUGUCCUGCAGGGCAGCUGCCUGGUGGAAGGACGGGAGGGCAGGGCACUUUCUGACCAAAGUGGGUGCCCCAGCGUGAGACUGGGAAGAUGCUCCAUGGAAAGCCCCUGGAGGCUCCCAGUCAUUGCAGUGACAAGAUCCAAAGAUUGGGAAGGGGCCUUUGAGUCCUCCCGUCCAGCGUCCCCAUAGGUGCUGACAUUCUCCUACAGCUGUCCCACCACAGGAGCGGCCCGGGCUUACACACCUCUGUAGAGAACUCACUACCUCCUGGGGAAGCCUGUUCUCUCUUUGUAAACCUCUGGCUUUUCCGUGUUCUCUGUAAUUUCCACCUUAGUCUGCCCUGCGGGGGCCAUGUGGAGAGACCUAAUUCCCAGCAGUGUCCUGUGCCACUGCAUUAUUGUCUCCAAAGGGGAGGAGCGAGGACAUAGACUUUCUGGUGCCCUGACCCUCCUCCUCCCCGAGAGCCGACCCUGCUGAGCUCUUCGUUGGAGGAUUUUGAGAGAACACCAUCCGCCAGGUUAUCCUGGCUGCUUCUUGCCAAAGCUGGAGGAGUACUGGGGGCGGGGGCUGGUAAAAAACAACUUACAGCAGCCGAGCCCUUAGUUCUGUGCUUCCCUCACAAACCCUAAUGCUCAUAACAUCAUUUAGGAAAAACUGCAGCUAAACUCAAAGAUAAUAUCAUUACUUUGCAUGGAGUUUAAAGGUUCCACGGUUGCUGGGAGCUUUGCCUUGGCUUCCUGUAAGGACUUCACACUUGGUUUCUACUGAGAAAACGAAGCUCAAGAAUGUGAGGCUGCGAGCCGGCCACUACACGUCUCCGUGUCAGAAGUGCUGGACCUUCAAGCUGGGAAGUCGUUCACGGCUGACUGGCCGUCCAUCCUUAGAGAAUGAGGAAGAGGUUCCCAGGGGUUUGUCUGAGGUCACCUGCUCCUGGGGCCUGGCCCAGCCCGUGGCCUGGUGCUCUCCUGUCGCGUGCAGGUUAACUCACGAAGUCUAAGGGAAGCGGCCCUCAGAUUCCUGAGAACUCGUAAAGGGAGAGGCCCCGGGGCCAGCUUGGUGUCAGACCAAACUGCCCUGCAGACCCCAAGGCUGAGUGGCAUCACGCGGCCAGUGGAGUCUGUGAGCGGAGUGGCGGGGAAGGCCAGAUCUAGCCUGUGGGUGAGGGUCGGGACUGAUGCCCCCGAGGUGCUUUUGGUCUGUGAUCUCCUGGCCCAACCUCGGCCCCCCAGGCAGGUCCUCUCAGGUUGGGAUUUCUGGUCCAUCGGCAAGCUGGGCAAUGGAGCUGAGGGGCGGCGAGCUCAGGAUCAUGCCCUGGGGAGCACGGUGCCUCCGGGCUGCCUUCUUACUCCUCUCCCGGUAUUGCAGACUGUUUCCAAGUCGUGGUUGGGAAGGGCACUGCUGGUCCAAUACUUUGGGGUGGAAUCCAACGUUGGUAAUGCGGGACCUAUCCCUGUGGCAGCAACGUCCACCAUCAGCUGUUUCACAGAGCUGACAUCUCAGCACAGACCCUUCGGUGGCUUUCACUGAAUCAGUACCUUUGCCGAUGACGCAGGGCUGUACCCGAUCGCUCUUUUACAUCUCUAGUUUGUUAUGCUCAUCAGAGUGUAUUUUGGGGUACGGGGUUUAGGGAGUUUUUCUUGUCCAUUUUGUAACUGCCUUAUUGAAAAGUAAGUGCCCUUCCAUUCCAGGCCUCCUCAUAUUGUACUUGUUUCCUGCCAAAUUGGGGGGAUCCUCUGUAUUCCAAUUUUGUAAUCUACGGCUCUGUACUGUUGAAAGGCUCUCAACUCGUUGGAGUCUCCUUAGUAUUAUGUGACUUUCAUUUGCAAUAUCACAGAUGGGAUGGCCCAACUUUUGCUCUUAAUAAAUGAACUGAAUGAGUAAAAAGA